AUGGCGUUGGGCUAUGAAUAUCAUGGACGACAUGCUAUGUGCAGCUAUUCCACCAAGUUCGUCAAUGUACAACAAUUGAUUAGUGCUUAUGGAUCUAGUGGAAAUUGGAAAGAAGCACAUAAUGUUUGCAAGAAAAUGACUGAUAAUAAAGUCGGACCAGAUCUCGUCACUCAUGAUAUUAUGUUAUCUGCAUUUAAAAGUAGGGCUCGAUAUUCAAAAGCUUUGUCAUAUUUUGAACUAAUGAAGGGAACUCAUAUUCGCCCUGACACAAGCUUUACAUUGCCACUCCCAUUUCAAUAG